GACGCCUACGUAGGUACGACCACGGCCACUGCAGUCUCCUCCGACGGCAAGUGGAUGGCGCGCGGGUAUGAUGACGGGGCCAUCGUCCUCCAGGAGGUAUCGCGAAGGGCAUCCGUGUGUGCAUGGGACAGCCACCCCGACUACGAAAGCAUCUCUGCCUUAGCCUUCUCGCGUGAUAGCGCACGCCUCGCCUCUGCCACCGACGACGGCAUCAUCAUGAUCUGGGCGGUCGAGGAAGACCAGCACCUCGCGACGCUGCAGGGACACACGGAAGCCGCUACCAUUCUAUCUUGGUCGCCCGACGGUACACACAUCGCGUCUGCAUCCGAAGACUUUACUGUGCGCCUAUGGGAUGCGGAGACGUACCAACCGCUCUUCCUGCUCGACGGCCACGACGAGCCUCUCACAGUCCUGACAUUUUCUCCCAACGGCCGCUGGCUUGUGUCGGGCGGCGAGGACUGCUUCUGUCUCCUCUGGGACGUCGCGUCGGGGGAACUCCGCAAAGAGCUGUAUGGCCACGACGACCCGGUGAGGGCCGCGGAGUUCGACGCGCGGAGCGCGCGACUUGUCACCUGCUCGGAUGACACGACUACGCGCAUCUGGAGUGUCGAAACUGGAGAAGAGCUGCUCAAGCUGGAGGCACACCGGAGCACAGUCUGGAAUGCGGUGUUCUCUCGGGAUGGGCGGCGCGUGAUGACGGUGGCGAGCACUACGGCCAAGAUCCACGACUCCUUUACGGGAGAGAAGAAGUUCACGUUCAAGGGCGCUGGUGCGGCGCUCAGGGCUUCGCAAAUGCUGGAGAGGAGGUUGGCGUAA